CGCGGGUAGAGAUAGAGAGAGAAAAUGGCGAGUCUUUCCCUCUCUCCCCAUUUAAAAGAAGCUUCAAAACUCAUUCCCCUUCAUUUCAUUCCGCCCUCUCUCUUUACCACCGUCGCCAUGGCCAGAGACGAGGACGAAUUCAGAGGAGAGAUAGAGGAGCGUCUCAUAAACGAGGAGUACAAGAUCUGGAAGAAGAACACCCCUUUCCUCUACGACCUGGUCAUAACCCAUGCCCUAGAAUGGCCAUCUCUCACUGUUCAGUGGCUCCCUGAUAGGACUGAGCCUCCUGGAAAGGACCACUCUGUUCAGAAAAUGAUCCUUGGAACCCACACCUCUGAUAACGAGCCCAAUUAUUUGAUGCUCGCUCAAGUUCAGCUUCCCCUCGAAGAUGCAGAGAGUGACGCUCGUCAAUAUGAUGAUGAGAGGGGUGAAAUUGGUGGGUUUGGGUGCGCUAAUGGCAAGGUGCAAAUAAUUCAGCAGAUCAAUCAUGAUGGGGAGGUCAAUCGAGCUCGUUACAUGCCUCAAAACCCUUUUAUUAUUGCAACAAAGACUGUUUCUGCUGAAGUUUAUGUUUUCGAUUAUAGCAAGCACCCCUCUAAACCUCCUCAGGAAGGUGGAUGUCAUCCUGAUCUACGGUUGAGAGGCCACAAUACAGAAGGCUAUGGCUUAUCUUGGAGCAUUUUUAAGCAAGGGCAUCUUUUGAGCGGAUCUGAUGAUGCUCAGAUUUGCUUAUGGGACAUCAAUGCUACCCCGAAAAAUAAAGUGCUUGAAGCACAACAGAUUUUUAAGGUCCAUGAGGGUGUUGUUGAAGAUGUUGCGUGGCAUUUAAGGCAUGAAUACUUGUUUGGUUCAGUUGGGGAUGAUCGCCAACUGCUUAUAUGGGAUCUACGCACACCAUCUGCUAACAAACCUAUUCACUCUGUCAUUGCUCACCAAGGUGAGGUUAAUUGCCUGGCAUUUAAUCCUUUCAAUGAGUGGGUUUUAGCUACUGGAUCUGCGGAUAGAACUGUCAAGCUUUUUGACCUUCGCAAGAUCAGUACUGCUCUUCAUACGUUUUCUUGCCACAAGGAGGAGGUUUUCCAAAUUGGUUGGAAUCCCAAGAAUGAAACAAUAUUGGCAUCUUGCUGUGCUGAUAGGCGAAUGAUGGUGUGGGACCUCAGCAGAAUUGAUGAAGAACAGACGCCUGAGGAUGCGGAAGAUGGGCCCCCUGAACUGCUGUUCAUCCAUGGUGGUCAUACGAGUAAAAUCUCUGAUUUCUCGUGGAACCCUUGUGAAGAUUGGGUGAUAGCGAGUGUGGCUGAAGACAACAUCCUCCAAAUUUGGCAAAUGGCUGAGAACAUAUAUCACGACGACGAUGAAUUACCUGCGGAUGAAUCAGCCAAAGCUUCAUAAUGAACUCAUGUUUUGGCAAGUUUUGUAAUUAGCCAAAGCCAAAGCUUUGUAGUCUACUCGUGUUUUUAACAUCCGACUUUGAAAAUUUUAGUUUGGUCUCUUUCUCCCUCACCUUUCAAAUGAAAAAAGAAGAAGUCCUCUCUCUGUAGGUGCACGCUGCUGUGUGGUGUUAAUGGGAAAGUUUAUGGGGACUUGGAAUUUGGCGAGCUAGA